AUCCGUUGGGUUCCUCCAGCUAUAAAUCAGCUUGGAAAUCCUGUGGUACACAAAUCGCCGACACCAGAUAAUUCAUCUCGUCCGUCGCUGCUCUUGAUCUGUUUUUCUUCUGUACAAAUUGCAAGCAGAGAAAGGAAGAAGAAAAGUGUGUUGGUUUUCCUUAGCACUCGCAAAUCGCAAUAGCUAGUCACAGUCAGAAUAUGUCUUCUUCUUCCUUUGCCAAAAAGAACGAUGUAUUCAUUAGCUUCAGGGGUGAGGACACCCGAACCAAUUUCACUAGCCAUCUUCAUAAUGCUCUCUGCAACAACAACAUCGAAACAUACAUUGAUUAUGAGCUUAAAAAGGGAGAUGAAGUUGGGCCUGCACUUGAAAAAGCAAUCAAGGACUCAAGUAUAUCCAUCAUCGUUUUCUCAGAAAACUAUGCUACAUCAAAAUGGUGCUUGGAAGAACUCCUCAAAAUACUCGAGUGCAGAAAAUAUCAUGGACAGGUAGUUAUACCUGUUUUCUAUGAAACGGAUCCAUCACAUGUACGUAAACAGAAGGGGAGUUACGAGAAAGCAUUCGCCAAAUAUGAGACAGAUCUCACAAAUAGCGGAUCCAACCAAGACAAAGUGUCUGAGUGGAAAGCUGCUCUCGCUGAAGCCGCCAAUAUAUCUGGAUGGGACUCUCGUACCCAUAGGGAUGAUUCUGAAGCCGUCCAAAACAUUGUGAAAGAUGUUUGGCAAAAGCUGUCCCUGAUGUACCCGAAUGAACUGAAAGGCCUUGUUCAAAUUGACAAAAAUGGUAAAUCCAUUGAAUCAUUACUCAAGAAAGUUCCAAGAAUUGGAAUUUGGGGAAUGGGCGGCAUAGGUAAGACAACCAUAGCUAGACACAUGUUUGCCGAACACUUUCCACAAUUUGACAGUGUGUGCUUCCUGGCAAAUGUAAGAGAAGAAUCAGAGAAGUUCGGACUAACGUAUACACGUGAUAAACUUCUCUCUGAGUUACUAAAGGAACCAAUCACCACAUCUCAUGUUACUGGAUCCACAUUCAUUAAGAGGAGGCUCAGUAGUAAAAAGGUUUUCAUUGUACUUGAUGAUGUUGAUAGUUCUACUCAACUAGAAGAAUUAUUGUGUGAACUAGAUGACCUUGGACUAGACAGUAGACUCAUUAUAACAACGAGAAAUAGGCAUAUGCUUAGUGGAAGAGUUGAUGUGAUAUAUGACGUCACAGAAUGGAAGUUUCCAGAAUCUCUAAAGCUUUUUAGCUUAGCAGCCUUCAAGCAAAGCCAUCCUAAAGAAGGUUAUGAGCAUCUUGCAGAAAGGGCAGUUGCCUGUGCAGGAGGCGUUCCCUUAGCUUUAAAAAUUUUGGGUUCACAUUUUCAUUCCAGAGAUACUGAAUUUUGGAAAUGUGAUUUGGAUAAAUUUGAGAGCAAGAAGGAAUCCUUUAAGGAAAUUCAAAACGUGUUACAAGUGAGCUAUAAUGGAUUAUCAGAGCUAAACCAGGCAAUAUUUCUGGACAUUGCAUUCUUUUUCAAAGAUGAAAAUAAAGACCACGUCAUAAGGAUACUAGAUGCCUGUGAUUUCUUCGCUACUAGUGGAAUAAGAGUCCUCGAAGAUAAAGCCCUUAUAACUAUUUCAAAGAGCAAUAGAAUAGAAAUGCAUGACUUGCUACAAGAAAUGGGUUUGGAUAUAGUUCGGAAAGAAUUUAGCAGACACCCAGGAAGACGUAGCCGAUUGAGGGAUAUUGGAGAAGUUCGUGAUGUACUUAACAAAAACAAGGGGACUGAUGCAGUUGAAGGCAUGACAUUAGAUUUGUCUCAAAAAGUAGAUUUACACAUAAGUGCUGCUACAUUCAACAUAAUGACCGGUUUAAGAUUGCUUAAAUUAUAUGUUCCCUUGGAUAAGAAGAGAUCAACGACUGUGAAGCAUCCUCCAGCUCUUAUGCCAUUUUCGGAUAAAAUGAGGUACCUUGAGUGGUAUGGAUACCCUUUGAAGUCUCUUCCACCACCUUUUUGUGCUGAGCUGCUUGUUGAGAUUCGUUUGCCUUACAGCGAUGUUGAAUAUCUUUGGGGUGGCAUGCAGGAACUUAAGAAUUUAGAAAGAAUGGACCUAAGUGAAUGCAAACAGUUGAUCAAGCUCCCAGAUUUAUCUGGCGCGUCAAAACUCAAAUUGUUGUUUCUCUCCGGUUGUGAAAGUUUAUGCGUUGUUCACCCAUCUGUUCUUUCUAAGGACACACUUGUUACUCUGCUACUCGAUAGGUGCAAAAAACUUGAAAGUGUAAUAUGUGAGAAGCAUUUAAGAUCUCUAGAGAAGUUCAGUGUCAAUGGCUGCUCAAGGCUGAAGGAAUUCUCAUUGUCCUCGGAUUUAAUUGAAAGGUUGGAUUUAAGCGAUACAGGAAUCGAAAUAUUGCCCUCAUCUAUCGGUCGUCUAAGAAAGCUUGUGUCCCUCAAUCUAGAAGGUUUAAGACUUCAGAAUCUUCCAAAUGAGUUGUCUGACCUGACGUGUCUUACUGAGCUUUGGAUUUCAAACUGCAAUAUAGUAACUAAACAGAAGUUACAUGUUCUGUUUGACGGCCUGCGAUCUUUACGAAAACUAUAUUUGAAAGAAUGUUGUAACUUAUCUGAACUCCCAAACAACAUCAGUGGAUUAUCAUCAUUAUACGAAUUAAGACUAGAUGGAAGUAGUGUGGAGACGUUGCCUGAAAGCAUCAAGGACCUCUCAAAGCUAGAAAUUUUGUCCUUAGAGAAUUGCAGGAAGCUUCGGUGUUUGCCAGAGCUUCCUUGGAACAUAAAGGAGUUUAAUGCAGAUGACUGCACAUCAUUGGUAAGAGUAUCCAUUUUAAAGACUUAUUCAGAAGAAAUGAUAGAAAAGGCGAAAUCCAUUUCUUUCAAGAAUGCUAUGAAAUUGGAUGGACCUUCGAUUGACAGCAUUGUUGAAGCUGCUCUAUUAACAAUGAAGUUUUCUUUUGGAUAUGACAAUUACAACAGUUCUGGGGUUUGUUUACCAGGAAGCAGAGUCCCAUUGCAGUUCAAAUACCGAAAACCACAUUCCUCCAUAACUAUUGGAAUUCCUAACCUUUCCAACUUGCAGGGAUUCAUUUUUUCGGUAGUUGUUUCUCCAUCCUGUGGAAUGGAGAAAUAUGAUAAUGGUGCUAAAAUCCAAUAUCAAUGCUACUCGGAAGAUGGCAAAAAGGUGAGAUAUGCGUAUACAUGUCAUUAUAAAAAUGUUAAGGAUUUGAAAUGUGAUCAUGUUUAUGUAUGGUAUGAUCCUUUCAGUUCUGACAGCAUUCCCGGCAGGGAUGAAACAAAGGUUUGUUUUGAAUUCAGUGUUAGAACUGAUACUGGGGAGUGCCAUGGCUUGUUCCGUGUGAAAGAAUGUGGGGUCUUUCCUUUACAUUCGUCAGAAUCUUGGAUAGGGAAAAGUUACAUGGACUUGGGAAGGGAGUGGAUAAUGAGGGAGUCAGGAUCAGAUUUGUCUGAGGAAAUGGAAGUUGACUUGGAAAGGGAGUGGAUGAUGAGGAAGUCAGGAUCAGAUUUGUCUGAGGAAAUGGAAGUUGACUCGGAAACAGAGUUGCAAUGGGAAUCGCUAAAGCAGUUAGGAUUAGGUUUGUAUGAGGAAAUGGAAUUUGAGUCAGAAACAAGUGACGGAUCUGAUGAGAGGAAAGGCAAAGGAGUAGAAUCAGUUGAAAAAGAGACACAGAAAUCCAUUAAUUUCGUCUUCCCACCUCGUCCAACUGGUAUAUGGAAGAACACAACACAGGGUUUGAAAGAUAUAGUCUCUCUAUUCCCUUGAAUGCAUAAAAGGCAUCUGCAUUGGAGAUCAUGUUUUCUCAAGCGACCAAGUUUUGCCAUUUAACAGCAUGCCGCAGGAAACGAGAAUGCAACAUCUACUUCCCUAGGCAAAUUUUGAGAUACUCUGAAACAAACACCCCCCUAGUUCAAUUUUCUUAUCCUUUCUCUGCAGCAUUGAGUGUGAGGUCAGUUAGAAAAAUAACUUACUCUUGUCAUGUACUUUCUUAUGUAGUUAUCCUCAGUCAGCAAUUUUUGAUUUUUGUAUUCUUGUAGACAUUGCAAGCACAAUCUUUUUCAACUUUGCUCUUUCAUCUUUCCUUCUUUGCCUCUCUCCAGUUUUCCGGUGAUUGAGUAACAACAUUCCAAUUCCUACAAGAUGACCAAAAGUAUUGGAAUAGCUGUUUUUGCUUCACAAGAAGAAUAACAUUGCUGUCUUCGAGCCAGCACAGCAAAAAGCAAUGACCAUGGGGAAAAUUAUUUGUAGGAAUCAAAAGAUAAAAUGUAUAUGUUUUAAAAAAAAGAAAAGAAAAGAAAGAAAGAAAGAAAAAAUGUAUUGGAAAAUGGCCGCAUUGUUUUAUGUAAUUAAGGAAAAGUGGGUUUAUUAAAGCCGACAGAAAGGACCGCUGUAUUAAAUCUCUCACGUUUCACCUGACUUAUUGUAUGAAGGGGUAAUUAUGUAUUAGAGUGAGACAGCUGAGUACUAAAUCAAUGGUAGUUUUGUAUAUAAUGCAAACCUGAUAUAGAACUGAUCUUAUAAUAUUCU